AUGCCGUCAGUACCACCAACUAUUGAUUAUAAGAAAGUAAAAGAAUUACUUAUUUCAACAUAUGCACGUGAAAAGAUCAAUCAUGAUAACAAGAGAUCACUUGCAUUACAAAAAGAAAUAGUUCACGAUUCUCAGCUACCAGUUGUUAGUUCAAUCCAUAGUAUGGCUAAUUGUAUUGAAAGAUAUAGAGACACCAAUGCCCUAGAUAUUGCAUUAGAUACUAUAGAUUUAGAGAAGAUUUAUGGAAACCUUGAAAAACGAGAAAAAGAGAACACUAAUCCAGAGUUGGAUUAUGAUGAUUUACUUGUUUUUGAAUUAUUACAUUAUUUCAAGAAUGAUUUCUUUAGUUGGGUAAACAAACCAAAAUGCUCUUGUGGUUCCGAAGAUGUACACUCAAAAGGAGGAAAAAGAGGAGCUCCAGGUAAUCCUGAUCAAAUAUCUAUUAUUGAAGUUUAUCAGUGCAAAAGUUGUGGGAAAUUAGUUGAGUUCCCAAGAAUUAAUAAUCCAGUAUCAUUAUUAAAAUCGAGAAAAGGUAGAUGUGGAGAAUGGGUGAAUUGUUUUAUGUUAAUAUUACAAGCAUUAAUAGGUGGAGGUGAUACUGAUAGAAUCAGAUACGUUUGGAAUCACGAAGAUCACGUUUGGUGUGAAUAUUACUCCAAUAGUUCUAAAAGAUGGAUACAUUUAGAUCCAUGUGAAGCAGUUGCUGAUGAACCAUUGUUAUAUUGUAAUAACUGGGGCAAGAAGAUGAGUUUUGUUAUUGGAUUCAAUCGUCAUUAUAUUAUUGAUUUGAGUGACAAGUAUAUAACUCCUGAAAAACAAAUAAGUAAAGCUUCGAUUACCAGUGAAAGUAAAGUUAAAUCAGCCAUACAUUAUAUCAACAGUAAGAAACAGUCAGAUUUUUACAGGCAAUUAAAAAUUCAAAUGAACGAAGAACAGGCAUUAAUUAAAGUGUAUGAGGAAAUCAUUGUACCUCAUAAUGCUGAAACUUUGAAGAAACUGGAAAAAGAAUUACCAUCAACAACUACAAGUGAUUUACCUGUUGGAAGACAAUCUGGGUCUGCAGAGUGGACUAAGAGUCGUGGAGAAGAUGGAAAGUGA